AUGGGGGACGGCCGUGGCAGCAUCGCCUUCUUCGGGACCUACCGGCCACCGGUGCCACUGGACAUCUACUCCUGCCCCGCCAACCCGCCACCGUCGUCCGCGGAGGACGAGCUGCACCUCACUGACGGCGUCUCGUACAACCAGAACGGCCGGGCCAUCCCGGCGGCGGCGCUCAAGGAGCUGCUCACCUGCCUAAGCAAGAAGAACCCAAAGCUCGCCGCCGAGUGCGGCGCCUCCCCGGACGACGCCGACAAGGGCCGCGUCACCGGCCUCGUCUUCGUGUCCGAGAGGGACAACGGCCUCGAAACGCUGCACGUGGCCCUGCGCUUCACGGCCGACGACGUGGUGAAGGUGCUGCGCCUGGCUGACAUCUACGGCGCCGACACCUUCGGUGGCGCGCGCCUGGAGGACAGCGGCUGCAUCGCCGGCAGCUUCAAGGUGGGCUCCCGGACCGUCGGCCAUUCGCUCAUCUACGUCUCCACCAAGGAGCCGGUCAAGAAACGCCGGACGCCGUGGACUGUCGUGUACAGGACCAACCUUAACGACGGCAAAACUGAGCGCCUUACCCCACAAGACCAGUACGAUUUAAGUCCAGCCGUGUCGCCGUCUGGGAAGAUGGUGGCAGUGGCCAACUUUCGAUUUAACAAGUGGACUGGCGAGAUUGAGCGUCUGAACACGGACAUCGUUGUCAUGAACGUGGACAAGCAAGUGCAAGGUGGCCUGCGGCGCAAGAUCCUUAUUAGGGAUGGUGGCUGGCCGACGUGGGGCAGCGACAACAUCAUCUUCUUCCACCGAGGAAUCGAGACAAAUCUUCCUUCCGGGAUGGCUACAGUUUGGGGUGUGUUUCGGUACAACAUUGCCACCAAGGAGACUAUCCGGGUGACACCCGAGACCUUUGAUGCCAUGACUCCGGCGGCCAUCAGUGAGACAAAGGUGGCCGUGGCCACAAUCCGCCAGAAGUCUCUGCAAGCUGUAAUGACAGUGCAACGUGUAGAUGUACAAUACCGGCACAUCGAGAUCUUCGAUGUCACUGCGCUUGACCAACCUGUGCAGAUCAGCCGGAAAACUAGGCCAAAAGGAGACCACUACAAUCCAUUUGUGGUCGAUGGGGGAAGCCACAUCGGCUACCAUAGAUGCAGAACCGAUAAUCUUCUCAAGAACACGGGUGAGAUUAAUGACUAGACAUGACAUAUGCAGGAUGGAAGCCUCGUUCCAAAGAGCUUUGACAAGAUGCAGUCUCCCCUCAAAGAUGUUGGGUUGUUUAGGGUGACGGGUGUGUUUCCAACCAUUUCAAAGGAUGGCUCCAAGCUUGCCUUUGUUGACAAUGAAUUCAAGGCCGUGUGGCUUGCCGACAGCCAAGGUCUCCGCGUCGUUUAUGAGAAGCGAGGUUCGAAUAGCGUAUUCUCAACGGCGUGGAACCAGAACCCAGAUAUGGACACAUUGUAUGUCUGUGUAGGACCGUCCUUCUCGGCCGCAAAGCCUCUAGAGAUCUAUGCUAUUUCCAACGCGUCAGGGCCAGCUGCUGGUCGCAAGGUGCAACGCCUGACCAGCGGGAACUUCAACAAUGCCUUCCCCUCAACCAAUGCACAAGGGGACAAGUUUGUGUUUCGGUCGACAAGAGACGGUGGCCGAGAGAAGUUCCACAAGAACCUCUACAUUAUGGAGGAUGCGGAGGAGGGAGAGUUUGGCCAAGGCACCGUCACACGGCUCACCAAUGGGCCAUGGACCGACACCCACUGCAGCUGGUCUCCCAAGGGGGACUGGAUCAUCUUCUCCUCAACUCGCGAAAAGCCGGAAAGUGCCCCGGAGAAGGCCUUUCUGGAUGCCGGCUUCUUCGCCGUGUACCUUGUGAAGGUCAGCGACCCUACGGUGGUGGUGAGGGUGGUGCAGAGCUCUGCUACCCUCGCUGGGCACAUCAACCAUCCCAUGUUCAGCCCAGAUAUGAAGAGCAUCGUCUUUGCCUCCGACCUCGCUGCGGUCUCCAACGAGCCCAUCUCAAUGCCCAUAUUUUUGCACUCCGUCAGGCCCUAUGGUGACAUCCUGUCUGUCGACCUCCGAGACACGGAUGACAUCGCCAAGAACAAGGACAUUGAGGAGUUCGACCGCAUAACACAUAGUCGCUACGAGUACUCCACGCCGACAUGGACCAAGUUCACCACCGAGGAUCCCAACGAGCAGUGGAACGUGCUCGCCGACAAGGGCGGUUCGAAGCUCAAGCCGGCCUGCCCGUACAUGUACCCUGACGGAGGAGAGGGGUGGCACAUGGCCGGACACCUCACCAUCCCGAAGAGAUGCUGCUAGGAAACGGGGCAUGCA